AUAGCAGACUUGAAAGACAGGUUCCCUGCCCGCAGGAGCUUCUAGUCUAGAGAUACUAGAACACUCUGUCAGGAGCCUCCUGGCGGAUACCGUCCUGCCCGGAGGCGGGGAGAUGGUCCAGAUGACCUCUGGAGUGCCCUUCUGGCCUACGGGUCUAUGCCCAGGGAGAAUUGCUGGAAACAUGGCCAUAAGAUCUCUUUCGGCCCACAUGACCCUAAGGCAUGCAAGUGGAACAAGUUAGAGUGGAGCAGAAUUUCAAGGUACGAGCGGUACGUGUGUGAACGCGUGUUGGAAGGACGGCGGGGAGGGAAGAUAUACAUUUUCCCCGAUGCAGCGGUAUCACGGAGUGGGCUUCCAUCACGGCUCAGCACCCGCUAGCUCGGAGGGGCUGACGUCCGAGAGGUUAGCCUGGGAAAGGGCCAGAAUCCUGAGUUCCCCACGGUCACCCUCCCGAAACACCCUGCUGGAUAUCAAUACGGUGACCGCACACUGAGAGGUGUAGUCUCAGGCGGCCAGAGGACAGGGGUCUUCUUCAAGAGCCAAGCAGGCGGGCUUCCCUCCUCCCUAGGAAGAAUCAUGACUGCCCUCACCAUGGCACAUCUGAGAGCCCACUUGGCUUUCAGGUCUCGCUGGCACAAGACCGACGAUGAACUCCGUCGACCCAGCAUGUCCUUUAUCCUGCAUCGGGCCGUUCGCACCGACUUCUUUCAGAGUUACCUCUACCCGCUGGAAAAGCUUCCUCCGGGAUCUGGUAGCAGACCGGACAGGAGGGCGGACUCGGUCGUAACAGGCCCUGGAAAAACCGGCACCGACUGUGCCCUGGACUGUGGUUCUGGGAUAGGACGGGUCAGCAAACACGUCCUGCUGCCCGCGUCCGGCCGCGUGGAGCUCGUGGACAUGAUGGAACCCUUCCCGGCCGAAGCCCCGAACUGUCUGCGUGUCGAAGGGGACAGGGUUGAAACCUUCAACUGUUACAGCCUCCGGGAGUUCACUCCCGCUAACGGAAGAUAUGACGUCAUUUGGAUCCAGUGGGUGUCCGGAUACCUGACCGACAAAGACCUUCUAGAGUUUCUGUCCCGGUGCCGGGCAGGGCUGAAAGAGAAUGGCGUGGUCAUCCCGAAGGACAACGCUGCCCGGGAGGGCCGUGUCCUGGACACGUCGGACAGCAGCGUGAUCCGAGACCUGGAGAUCCUCCGGAGCCUCACAGAGGAGAGUGGCCCGGAGCUCCUGAGGGAGGAGAAACAAGAGGGCUUUCCGGACCAGUGUGUUCCCGUGUGGAUGCUUGCCCUGCACGACGCCGGUCGUUCUUUAAAAUGGGGAAACCCCCGGGGAGAACAGGUGGGGACAGGAUGAAUUCGCCUUUAAGAUGGCGUCAGAAAUCGGAGGUGGAACUUAAUAUUCAUGAUAAUAGCGGUAUCUGUUGAGCGCCACGUGCCAGGCGCUGUACUU